AAACCUUUUCCCUGGGCUUUUUUUGGGGGGUGGGGUGGGGCAGUGCUUCUCUCCGCAUCCAGCAGCUUUGUUUUCCACAGCAGAGAAGCAUCAUAUGUCACCUGAAAAGAUGAGAAGGACCAAACUCCAGCUUUCAAAUGACAGUCAGGAAAGACUUGAAGACUAAUGCAGAGAAUUAACAAGAACGUGGUUUUGGGCCUUCUAACUUUAACCAGCUCAGUCUUUCUCCUCUUCCAGCUGUACUAUUAUAAGUAUUAUUUGUCUCCAAAGAAUGGAGCUGUUUUCCCGAAGAUUAAAGGCAGCAAAUUGGGACAAGACAGUAGCCGAUGGCAUGUGGUUAGGAAAUUCCUUAGUUUGGUGUCCAAUCACAACAUAGCUGUGCAUCUGAUUGAUCCCUUGCUCCUGGGGCUGAUUGACACAGACUUGGAGCAGCUCAGGACCUCUUCUGACGGCAGUCACUCAGAAUGCAAGUACUUCUGUGCCCCACGGGACUAUACCACAUUUGCACUAUUGGACAAAACCUGGAAACUCGAGGUGGGCUUGUUUCGAGCCGCCGAGAGGGUGGGAUUCCAGUGCCUGAAGAUUCAAAGCAAAGACCCGCGCCUAGAAGGGAUGGAGGACCUCUCUGGGACGGAGAUUCCCCUGCACUACAUCUUCAAGUUGGCCGCUCACGCCAUCCAUCUAGUGGUCUUCUACGAGAGGAGCGGCAACUACCUCUGGCACGGACCACUGAGGCUGAAACCACACGUGGACCGGAAGUUUGUGCCCUUCCGGAAGCUGCAGUUUGGCCACUACGCUGGAGCCUACGACAAGCUAGAACUACAGAGUGUUUCCAUGGAUGGGAUUACGGUCCAGAUUCCAAAACAGCCAUCCGAGUUCCUAGACGAAAAGUCGCAAUCCAGGUUUAUUGAAUGUAGGUACAGAGAAGCCCGGUCUUUCUUCCAGCUGUACCCUGACGACGUGUCCCUCGAUGCGGUGGAAUUCAGGAAAAAAGCCAAGGCGCUGCUGCAUGUUGCUGCUCUGACUUUAAACAGUUUAGGAGUGAGAUUCUGGCUGAGCAGCGGGACUUGCCUGGGUUGGUACAGACAGUGCAAUAUUAUUCCUUACAGCAAAGACGUGGACUUGGGGAUUUUCAUUCAAGAUUAUAAGCCGGAUAUUGUUCCAGCGUUUCAGAAGGCAGGACUGCCGCUAAAGCACAAGUUUGGCAAGAUCGAAGACAGUUUGGAGCUUUCCUUCCAAGGAGAAGGGGAUGACGUGAAACUUGACAUUUUUUUCUUCUAUGAAGAGGAUGACCACAUGUGGAACGGAGGAACUCAGGCCAAAUCGGGCAAGAAAUUCAAAUACCUGUUUCCCAAAUUCACACUGUGUUGGACGGAGUUUGUAGAACUCAAGGUACGUGUACCGUGUGACGCCCUCCGUUAUAUUGAAGCCAACUAUGGUAAGGACUGGAAGAUGCCGGUGAAGGUGUGGGACUGGAAAAACUCACCACCCAAUGUCCAACCCAAUGGGAUCUGGCCAAUCAGUGAAUGGGAAGAAGUCAUUCAACUCUACUGACCUGUCUGUAAGAUGCUGGAAUCUAGGAUGUAUAUGCUGCCCUCUGAAUUGUGGCUCACCGGAAAUCAUUAUCAAUUGUGGAAUGUGUCGUCCAUUUGGAGAUGUUUGAUCGUUUUCAGGGUCACCCAACUAUUUUAUUAUUACAACACACAAGCAAGUUGGCAUACAGCUUCAGCCACUUGUUUCUACAGCUGAGGAUGGAAGGAUUUAAAACGAACCCUCAAAACUGUUGAAUAAACCAACUUGGAUGCUAUGGUCUAGAAAAGUGUUGGCCAAGAAAUUUCAAAAGCUGAGAGAUAUUGCAUACUUUUCUGUUGCAUUUUUCCAGGGUUUUUUAUGUAAUGACUCUGGCCUCUUGGUAAUUAAUAUCUGGCCAACCACAAAAGGCUCAGGUUGUUUGAACUCUUCAGAUCACUGUCUGGAGUAUAGAAUAACUUGAGAAUCUACUAAUGGUAUAGGAUGUGGCCAUCCUUGGUCUACUAUAUCAUUUGUAUGUUUCAAUAAUUAGAAUGUAACUUGUUGUGAUAUGGGCCAUUGCAUUAACAUUUAUUUAAAACGUUUAUUUGACACAGCUCUUAUUAUGAGCAGGUAUUCAAGACAUUUGAAACUGAACAAAACAGAGCAGGAGUUCCCAUUAAGUGUUAGAUGAAACAAAAACCUAAAACUGUGAAGGAGUACUCAAUAGUAUAUAUUAUUUAUGCUAUUUAUGGCAAAAAAAAGGUCUGUUUAAAUUAUGUGGAACUCUGUUAUACAAAGCACAAUAAUGUAGCAGUUCUGUUUGUGGACAGAGAAUGUGGAUAGAAUAUUUUCCAACAUAUUAAAAAAAUUCUCAUGUUCAGGUAGAAGAAAUGAAUACAGGGAGAACUAAUGCAUGCCCCCUAGCUAAAACAGAGUAUUUAAAUGAUCGUAAGGUAUGGUCUAACUUAUUGACAAAGUUGUUGAUUUUUUUGUACCAUGUAUAUUAGUGGCUCCAAUCAAAAGAGUGGUUAUGCGUAAGUCCCAUUAAGAGCAAUAGGACAUUAAUAUCAACCGUUUAUGGAUCAGAAUAAAAUUUUAAUGUACUUGUUAUGCAGAGGUACGCUUUUAACUUUCAGUUCGAGAUGCUACUCAUAGCAAAAUAAUGAGAAGGUUUGAGGCUUUUGAAAAAUGAUAGCACAUACUGAGUUUCUUUGUAA